AUGGCAUCUCUCACCUUGCCAAAGAUCUUUAUCGAUCUGCAAAUCCCGCUUAUGUACCUCACCAACGCCCUCGCUCUAGCAAUCGGUCCUAGACACCAGGUCCUGCGCUUGGGCAUCACGCUCCCGCUCUUCAGCUUGUUGGCACUCCAGUCGCUGUAUCGCGAUUGGAGUGGUGGGUGGGGGUUGCACUAUGCGCUUGAGGUAAACGUGUGUACGCAGAUGUUUAUUUACUUCGAUUGGAAUAUCCUUGGAAGUCCCGAUAGAGAGCGUUGGCGGAAGAUCCGGUACGACGCGGAAGAGCCGGCUGUGAAUGGAAACGGACAUAUCAAGAAGAAAGAAGAUGGUGUACCGCAGAGCUUCCUGCAACGCGCGUGGUGGGCACUCAGGUUGUUGACGGGGAAUCGAUAUGUCGGGUGGACUCAGGAAGUUAAGAAUGUGCCCAAGGAAGUUAGUCCGGAGUAUCCGCGGUUGCUUUUCAUCCUUCGCAAGUCGCUGCGGGUUGCAUUCUUCCAUGUCCUCAGGGAAUUCAUGUAUUCGUACACAGCGGGCUCCCCGUAUGGUGCAUGGUCUGAUAUUGUCCACCUUAAGCCCAUCAGUACCCUGUCGACCCAGCCAUUCUGGACACGCUUCUGGUGGUCAUGGGUGGGAAUCGUCCUGACGUAUUCGGCCAUGGAGGAGGCGAAUGCUGCGUAUGGCGUUCUCAGUGUCGCAACGGGUUUGGCGAACCCGCGAGACUGCCCGAGCGCGUUUGGAGAUCUUAGAAACUUGAUGAGUUUGAGAAAGGCGUGGUCACGCAUUUGCUCGGCACCCGGCAUUUUUAUCGCACGAGAUGUGUUGCGUCUCCGUAGAGGUUCGUUUGCUUCAAAGUAUUUCCAGCUCUUCAUCGGGUUCGGUAUUUCAGCGAUUGUACAUGGCUGCGCAUCGAUGUUCGUCCAUCGCUCUUUGGAAGACGAUGGUGCUUUUGCUUGCUUUAUAGGACAAGCAGCUAUCAUUAUGGUAGAAGACCAUGUCAUCGAUUUCGGCAAGCGAUUGGGUUUCAAAGACUCUAUAUUUUGGCGCCUGGUAGGAUUCGCAUGGACGGUUUUUGCGAUCGGUGCAAGCUUUACAGGCUGGACGAGCUGUGUUGUUGAUCAUGGCAUGUGGUUCCACGAUCGCACGCGAGACAUCUUCGGCGUUGGCCCGCAGAUUGUCGCAUAG